AUGAAACUACAUUAAUGUUAAACAAACCAGCCUAACAAUGAUAUGAUUUUUGGUCAUAGAAUUGGCACUAAAAAGAUAGUAGCAGAGAAACAAGAAAAAGUAUAAAAUUUAAUAGCUUAUUUAGGUUAUUAAGCAUAUUAGAUAAUUACCAAGAAGCAAAGAAGAUAAUUAUUUUCAUGAAGCUAUUAAGGCCAAUGAAUAAUAUGAUCUUUUUCUUGAAAAGUAUCUCUUUACUUAAUUAUCUUUAUAGGAUGAACACUUUUAAGAUUCAACAAGCAUUAAUUUUAACUAAAUAACGAUUUUAAGAUGAUAAUAAAUAUGCCAAUCUAUUAGAGUAUGUUCCGGAAGAAAAGACCAACGAUAAGAAAAUUAAAAAAGAACUUGAAUCCUAUAUUGAUAGAUAUGUUACUAUGAAAAAAGGACCUGCUCCAAGACAUCCAUAAUUUUAUUAUUUUAUUUGA